GUGUAAAAAUUUGAGUGCUUCUCCAAGAUUCAUAAUGAAUAACAAAGAAGAUCACAUUGUCUGGAUAGAUACAGAGUUAACGGGUCUUGACAUAGAAAAAGAUACUAUUGUGGAACUUGCUUGUUUAAUAACUGAUAAAGACUUAAACAUACUCAGCGAUGGUUUCCACGUUAUAAUUAAUCUGCCAGAUGCUAUUUUGGAAAAUAUGCAAGAAUGGUCUACAUUACAUCAUACAAAAACAGGACUAACAGCUGAAUCUAAAAUUAGUAAAAUUAGCCUAAAAGAAGCAGAAGAAAUGUUAUUAAAUUUUUUAAAGAAAUAUAUUCCAAAAGGAACUUGUCCAUUGGCUGGUAACACAAUUUGUAUGGAUCGUAUAUUUUUAUUGAAACACAUGCCAUUAGUUACAGAUUAUCUUCAUUAUAGAAUUAUUGAUGUUAGCACAAUUAAGGAAGUUGUUAGAAGAUGGAAUCCUGUGAUUUAUGAAAAUGUACCUGAAAAGAAACAUAAUCACAGAGCUUUGUCGGAUGUAAAGGAGAGCAUAAAAGAAUUAAAAUACUAUAAGGAGCAUAUAUUUAUAUGA